CAACAUGAUGCCAAGUUGAGUAUUUUUCACACUUUAUAGUGUGAGUUAAAAAUCUCAGUUUAAUUCAAUUAAAUAUCAGUAUGCUUCUAAAAUAAGAUGUUUAACCUGAAAACUUAAUUUUGCUGCAUAUUAGAAACUCGGUAAUAAAAAAACAAUAACAAACAAUAAUUUUAAAGUAUCAGAAAAAGAGCAGGAACACAUUUCUUUCAUGUUAAUCUGAGGAUUGUGCCGUGACCUUCAGGUCCUGCAGGUUAAUCCCGUUAGCUCCAGGCAGACGCUGUGGAAAUCUGAGCCGCUCUGUCUCCGGAUCUCGGCACCACCGGCAUGCAGAACCACCUGUAGACGAAACGCAGGAUGUUUAACUGGGUGGUGAAAGUGGUUCCUCAACCUGCAGAAUCUCCRGGGUCUAAUGAAACCACCAAGACCACCCCUGCUGAUCUCGUGAAGAACAACGAGGCGAAGACACAGAAAAAGACAGAAGAAGUUUUGGAGAAUGGUCAGAACAACACCGGAGUGAUCAGCUGGCUGUCCAACGGGUUCGUCAGCGCCCUGCCGCAGCCCCCUGCRUCCCCUCUGCUCAGCUCAGACACCCGGUCAGGGGAGGACGGAGAAAGGUCCGGAGUCAUCGGCUGGGUCACUCAGGGUCUGACCAAAGUUCUGCCUCAGCCUGAUGAGAAGUACAGAGAUACUAAYGACAACAAAAAGUCCUCAGAAGAACUCACAGAGGUGUACGACGUAGCGACAAUGCCAGAAUUCGACCCUCUUCCACACAUCCCCGUGGUGGAGGUGGUUUCAGAGGACGAGGAGGUGGAAGAGGAGAGUUUGACCUCUCAGUUUACGCCCAGAGUGAAGAACUGGAUAAAACAGAUAAUCCCUCAGCCCAUGAUGCCCCCUGGUACCGUACCCUCAGAGCCACCACCCAAAGCCUCCCGUUCUUCCAUUGAUAAAAUUCUUUCUCCACCACCUGAAUCUCUCAGUGGGAUCUCACUGGAUACUGAUGGCAAGGCCUCUGGUGUGGUGGACUGGUUUGUGUCAGGACUGGGUCUGAAGAUGCCUCAGCUUGUUGUUCCACCUAAAGAUGACCCUGAGGCUCCAACUGAAGUCCUACAGAAAGCUUCAUCCAAACUCAAACCAGACUUGGUGCUGGAGGACGUGGAGUCGGACAACGAGGGCCAGCAGAGAUGUGUUUCAGCCCCGCCUAAUUCCUUGAGUCCACAUUCAGUCACAAUGAGUCCACAUUCAGUCACAAUGAGUCCACAUUCAGUCACAAUGCAGCAACAGCAACAAGAAACACAGAAGAAGGCUGAGGCGCCAACGUCGGAGAGCGUGACGAAGAUUUCUCAAGAAGAUGCUGAGACGCAGACCGGCCGCUGGACGCCGUUUAUCGAAAGCAUCAAAAGGGAGGCUGAAGAUGUGGCUUUAGCCACUAUGGAAGAACGGCUGCUCCAGGAGCGGAUGGAAAUGGCCCGUCUGGCUGAAGAGGUGGCCCGGCAGACAGCAGAGAUGGCCGUCAGGCAGAUGGCCAGCGAGGGAACCUCCAUCAAACUCUCACUGGAGAGUCAGGAGCUGCUGGUGGAGCCUGAAGAAGAGUUACCAGUGAUGGAAGAAGAAGAAAACAAAGAGGAGGAGAAGGAAGACACAGAAAAGGAAGAAACUCAAUCUCAGGACGAGCAUAAAGUUGAGGCCGAGGAGCUGACUGUCAAGGAACCAGAGCCAGAGCAGGAAGAAGCUCCAAAAGAGACCUCAUCCAUUCUGCCUCCAAGUCUUGAACCAGGAAAGGAUUCAGAGCCAGAACCACCAGAACCUAAGACCGAGGAAGACCAUUCAACAGCUCAGCCGGUGACUCAGCAGCCCCAGAAAACAGAUGACGGUCAAAUCAACACCGACACGACUGCUGGAAAAGAAGAAGAAGCUCCUGGUGAUGACUGUGGUGCCGGCGUCAACCUCCGCCCGGCCGUAAACGUAGAAGAUGUCGAUCACGAGAAAGGGGGAGCAGGAGGAGGCGAGGAGAAGAGCGACACCUCCCAAAAACUCACCCCUCAGGACCCAAAACUUACAACCCUCACAGUCCCCGUGACCCCGUCAGGAGGCCGUCAGAGUAAAGGAGAUAAAGACAUCGGCAGGAACCGUAGGAACGUCUGGACCAAGAUCAGGCAGCUACAUUCUCAAAGCGAAGAAGAUGAUGAAGAUCUGAGCAUCCCAGUCAGAGCCUGGCCCAGUCAGUCCAGCCUGUACAGCUCCGAUGACGUCCACAAAGAGCGUCCGGCCUCCGCAGCCAGCCAGACCAGCGCGGUGGUCAACGAGCGGCUGCAGGAACUGGUCCGGAUGUUCAAAGAGAGGACGGAGAAGGCCAAGGAGAAGCUCGUCGACCCAGACAGCUCUGAUGAAGAGAGCGUCAUCGUCACUUCUCAUCCUCAGCCUCCAGCUCCUCAUUCGGCUCCUGAAGCUGCGCCGUCGGAUGUGGAGGAAGAGGAGGGUGUGUCGGCAUCAGGAGGAGAGAGCGAGGAGGAGAAGAUGUCUGGAAGCUGCUGCAAGGUGAAAACUCCUGGCUGGAUACGAGCCUGCAGGCGCCUCCGCUUCCCUGCCAGCAUCGACCCCUUCACCAACUUGAUGUACGUCCUCUGGAUGUUCUUGGUGUCUCUGGCCUGGAACUGGAACGUGUGGUUGAUCCCGGUCCGCUGGGCCUUCCCGUACCAGACCUCAGAUAAUAUUUACUACUGGCUUCUGAUCGACUACCUCUGCGAUCUCAUUUACAUCUUGGACAUCUCCGUCUUCCAGCCGCGCCUGCAGUUUAUUUGUGGAGGUGACAUAGUGAGUGACAAAAAAGAGAUGAGAAAGAAUUACAUGAAAACCAAACGCUUCAAGUUUGACGUAGCCAGCCUGGUUCCCUUGGAGCUCUUUUAUUUCAUUACUGGCAUCAACCCUCUGCUUCGUUUACCGAGGCUGCUGAAGAUCAACUCUUUCUUUGAGUUCAAUGAGCGUCUAGAGGCCAUCUUGACCAAAGCCUACAUUUACAGGGUGAUCCGUACCACCGCAUAUCUUCUCUACUGUCUUCACUGCAACGCCUGCCUCUACCACUGGACCUCGACCUACAUCGGACUGGGGGCUACCCAGUGGGUCUACAACGGCGAUGGCAACAGUUACGUUCGAUGUUACUACUUUGCGGUUAAAACUCUGAUUACAAUCGGAGGUCUGCCGGACCCCACCUCCCUCUUCGAGAUCGUCUUCCAGCUAAUCAACUACUUUGUUGGAGUCUUUGCCUUCUCAAUCAUGAUUGGACAAAUGCGUGACGUGGUUGGUGCAGCCACAGCAGCUCAAACCUACUACCGCACCUGUAUGGACAACACUAUUAAAUACAUGACAUCCUAUCGCAUCCCUAAAGAUGUCCAGAACCGAGUCAAAACCUGGUACAACUAUACCUGGCAGUCUCAAGGCAUGCUGGAUGAGCAGGAACUGCUGACUCAGCUGCCAGAUAAAAUGCGUCUGGACAUUGCUGUAGAUGUCAACUACUCCAUUGUGAGCAAAGUCCCUCUUUUUCAGGGUUGUGACAGACAGAUGAUUUUUGACAUGCUCAAAAGCCUUCGUUCUGUCGUCUACCUGCCCGGUGAUUAUGUCUGCAAAAAGGGUGAGGUGGGCCGGGAGAUGUACAUCAUAAAAGCAGGGGAGGUGCAGGUGGUCGGAGGACCUGAUGACAGGACGGUGUUCGCCACUCUCAGAGCAGGAUCGGUCUUUGGAGAGAUCAGUUUGCUUGCAGUCGGUGGAGUUAACAGGCGCACAGCCAAUGUGAUCGCUCACGGCUUUGCCAAUCUGUUCAUCCUGGACAAAAAAGACCUGAAUGAGAUUCUGGUCCACUACCCCGAGUCGAAGAAACUGCUCCGCAAGAAAGCYAGGAAGAUGCUUAACAAAGGGAAGAAGCCCGAAGCCAAAGAAGAGGCUAAGGAAUCUCCUCAGGCGGCAGCAGCAGCACCUCUCAGGUCGGAGACUCCCAAACUGCUCAGAGCRGCCCUUGAGAUGACCGAGAAAUCGUCUGGACUCAAAGGAGUUCUAGCCAAAGUCAAAGAGAAGACCAACAAGUCCAAUAUCACGUUACAGCCGUUCCCGUCCCCCUCCAUACGUCCUGCAUCUCCAUCGCCCAGCUGUGAACCCGACGGAGACGUGGACACGCUGUCGUCUGUCUCUCCGGGCUCCAUGACUUUUCGCUCGGCCUCUCAGUGCUGCGACCCUGAAGGACCUCCGUCCAUGCAGUUCGAAAAGGACRUCAGUGAGGACGAGUGGGAUGAGGGAGGGAAGAAGUGAGGAAGAGUCUGAAGAUAAUUUAAUCCAGAACUGAGAUGAGAUUAAAUAAAAGGUUUGUCUCCUAUUUAAUUAAAGCAGAGUAAAAGGUGAGAGGAAGCAGUUUAAAUGUUGUCCAAUAAAACAUGUUUAAAUUAAAUCAGCCCCUUUAUUAAUAAAAUUAAUUUCUCACUGAUUCAUCCAACAUAAUCAAAUGUUUUCGUUGUUGUUUCUUAAAUGUUUACAGAUACUUACGUAAUCCUGACUGAACAACUUGCCUUAUUACUGUGUUGUUUAAGCUUUUACCAUCACAACGAAACUGUAAAUAUGUUUGUUGUUUUUUUAGAUGCAUUAGAUGUUUUAGCAGGUCAGUGUGAGAUGACCAUAUAUUUUUCUUGAUAUAAAUGGCUAACUUGUACAUUAUCUAACCUCUACACAUGAUUUAAAUACCAAAACAUAUUGUUUUACAUUAAGCAUUUACUUUUAACAUUUUAUGUUUUCUUUAAUGUGUGUUUUGUACAAAAAUGUAAAUUUAUUUCUCUUGGAUUUUUAGAUCAACCAUAUUUUUCCCAUUAAAUUAAAAAUGUAACCGUAAAAGCACACUAGAAAUUCUGACUGUUAAAUCAUCUGUGUUUAUGUUAUAUGAUUGAGAGUUGCUGAUUUUGUACAUCUUGUAUAAAAACAUUGGAUUACAGCAUCGGCCACAAACCAGCUAAAGUACUGCCAGCAGUCUGAAGCAGGAAGUGGAUUGCCCAUAUAUGGUCAUGCUUCAGAACAUAUCUACCACUGUCAUUUAUACAUUUUUAUUUAAAAAAAAAAGGUUGUAGCAUUCUUUAGUUGUCAGACUUUGCUGUGACGUAUGUUAAACCAUAAGGACAGGAAGUGAAGCCUUCCCACUUAUUCUAAUUUCCAAUGCUUUAUUAAUGGGUUAUAUAUGUUUGUAAAAUAGUAAUUUAUAAAACAAUUACCAUUGUCCAAUAAGUAAUAAAUGACCUAAAUGAAUAAAGGUACAGCACUUGA